AUGAUGCGUCACGGCCUACAUUAUAUCUUACACAGGUGGAGAAAGAGCGGGUCAUUGCAUUCACGAUUGCAGGAUCACAACGAUGGCUUGUGUGGCUGGAACGACAGCUUUGUGAAGAAACGAGACGAGGAUCGCAAAAAUGACGCAGCGGAAUUCCGGGAUGGACAGAUAGCAUGA